AUGACUUUAUCACCGGUUCAUUCGGAGACCAAGGCACAAACUCCAUCCGUAUCGAUAAGCUCCAACAACUGCCAAUCCGAGACCCCUCAUCUCGACAGACUUCUCCAAAACCGCCCCAAAGCCGAGCUCCAAGUUCUCGCCGACGCCGUUGACAGCCUAACGCACGGUGAUCAAUGUGCCAAAUGCGCCGUCCAAGCCGCAGUCACAAUCGUGACCGGCUUUCUUCAAGAAUUAUACACGGCUAAAAAGACCGGGAAAAUCUCCAAGGAGGACAAGAAAGCCCUCAAAUCGGAAGUCAAGGGAUUGGCGAAAGGGAUAAAGGGGGAUGUCAAGGCUCGGAAGAAAGAGAUCAAGGGCCAGUGA